AUGUCUCGCGCGAGCGACGACGUGAUCCACGCAACUCCCAAGAGACAACUUGGCUCCAAACCCGCCCUGAAUACAGAUAUACAGAUCGAGAUGCCGCCCUCAAACCACAACCAGACCUUCCAGCUGCCCGCCAUCCUUGCGCGGGUGCUUGGACGCCCGAUCGACGACCUGUCGUUCCAGGACGCGGUCCUGCAAGGAUACACGCGGCACAACGUCCGCGGGGAGGACUAUCCCGCAAUCAUCAAUGAGAAGGCACUGCACGCACUUAUCGGCAAUGAUAUCAAUCAGCUGAGCAAGGACGACCUUAGCACGCGCGGGACGGUCAUCGCCGGACUCAAGCCCAAGGACAUACAGCUGCUCGAUGUCUUUGAGGGAGAUGAGUACUGGCGCAUCUCUGCCAAGAUGACAACCUUCGGUACCAAGCACACCCAGGACCAAGUGUCUCUCGAUCGGGAGGAGUCGGCGACAGGCUCGACCGUCGCCCAAGUCUACGUCUGGAGCGCCCCGGUACUCCGCCUCGAGCCCAAGAUCUGGAGCUUUGCUGAGUUUGUGCGCGACAAAGCGGAGGCGUGGGCGACUCUCAACGACCACGAGUUCACUGCGGUUGAGGCGUCGCGUACCUUGGCAGUCGACGAGCAUGGCCUUGUGGGCAAGACUGUCCAGGGAUUCCCGGACUUUGGCCACGGCAUGAAGAAGCACUGGGGUUUUGAUCCCAAGUAUACCAACCUCAACCACGGCUCUUAUGGCACUCCUCCACUUGUCGUCUUCGAGGCUAAGGAGAAACUCGCGCGCAAGAUGGACCUCGCUAUCGACCGCUACAUGCGCCGCGAGUUGGAGCCAACGAUUGAAGAGAUCAGAAAGCAGCUGGCGCCGAUGAUUAACGCGACAGCAGAGGAAGUCGUCCUCGUCCCCAACACCACGCAUGGUGUCAACACUAUCUCGGUCAACAUUGACUGGAAGGAUGGUGACGUGAUCGUCGUGUACGCCACGACAUAUAACGCCGUGUCCCAGACCGUGAAGUGUAUCUGUGACCGCAACCCCGGCGUCAAGCUCGAGAUCAUUCUGGUUGACUUGCCGUGCUACCACUCCGAGAUCAUCGAAAACACAGAGGCCGUAUUUGCAAAGUAUAACAAGCCUACUGGUAAGACCCGCGGCGGAAGCGAGCCAGCCGUCGCGACUGGUGUGAAUGACAAGGAGCGCGUGCGCCUCGUCGUCGUCGACUCGAUCGCGUCCAUGCCGGGGAUCGAGUACCCGUGGGAGAGAAUCACGCAAUUGUGCCACAAUUACGGCGUUCUCUCGCUUGUGGACGCAGCCCACUCGUUCGGCCAGCACCACGUCGACGUCCAGAAAUCCGACCCCGACUUUUUCAUCUCCAACUGCCACAAAUGGCUCAUGACCUUCCGAGGCGGUGCUAUCAUGUACGUCGCCAAGCGCAACCAGUGCCUCGUUCGCUCUUCGUUCCCGACGGGCCACUACUACGAGUCGGAACGGUAUCCCACCACCGGCUACGACCACCCCUGGGUGUUUGCGAAGCAAUAUAGCUGGAACGGGACCACCGACUUUACGUCGUACCUCACAAUCCCCGAGGCAAUCAAUUUCCGCCAGGACAUUGGCGGCGAGGACCGUAUCAUUGCCUACAACCACUCGCUUGCCGUCGCUGGCGGAAAGCGCCUUGCAAAGCGCUGGGGUACCCGCUUCAUGGACAAUGACAAGGGCGAGCUCACGGCGUGCAUGUCCAACGUCGAGCUCCCCAACUUCCCGAUAGCGAAGGAUGGAAAUGAUGCUGUCAAGAUGAACCGCUUCAUCGAGAACGCGCUACUGUUUGACUAUAACGCUUACGCGGCGCCCUUUUACUACAACAACGCGUGGUGGGCGCGAUUCUCUGCCCAGGUCUGGCUCGAGCUCGAGGACUUUGACUACCUCGCAGACUGCUUUGAGAAGAUUGGGAAGAGGCUAGAUGCUGGUGAACAUCUCUUGCCCUUCGACACGAACCGAGAGUAG